AUGUCCAGUCUCCAGGGAUACGUUGAUCGCAAAGUUCUUCUUGUUCUGCAAGACGGACGGGCGAUAGUCGGCACCUUGGUUGGAUUUGACCAGCGGUCGAAUGUUGUCCUCUCCGACUCGGUAGAGAGGAUCUACAGCAUCGAAGAGGGCGUUGAGGAAGUACCGUUGGGGUUAUACUUGGUCAAAGGUGACAUGAUCGCGUUGAUAGGGGAAAUGGACGCUGCUAUCGAUUCUGCGACUGACUUGUCAACGAUACGAGCUGAACCCUUGCCACCCAUCCGCUACUAA